AUAAAAAAAUAAAUUAUUAUUAUUUAUACAUUUUCUAUUCUUUUUCUGUGUUGAUUUGUGAUGUUGCUAACAGGAGAGUACCUGUUUUUUGAUUCAGCUUAAUUAAAUCAAUAGCCUGCAAGGCAGGCUCCCUAAGAUGUCUAACGAAACGGCAGAAAUGACUAAAGCCGAGGCCGUGGGAGAGAGGACUACGUCUUCUCCGGACCAAAUGCGGCGGGAGUUGGAGGAGGAGUUUAACGUACAGCGUGCCAAAAUGAAAGAGCUAUUUUUGCAGAAAGAAGAGGACAUGCGAAAGAUGUCUCAAGACAAGCAGCAGCUGGAGUCGGAGGUGGUGGGCUUGCGGGACGAGCUGCAACAGCUGGAGACCCUCGCACACAACCAGAAGUCGGAGAUACAAAACUUGCAGCUGCUUGUCAGUGAAACCCUGGAGGCGUCGUCAUCGGGCUCCGAGGAGUUGCGGCGGCUGCGCGCCAGAAACCUGGAGUUGGAGCAGCAGAUCCACCAGCUCAACCAGCUCAACCAGCAACGGCAGCAGCAGGAGAUGUCGCUGGCCCCGGCGACGUUCGUGCGCUCGCUGGCACGCAAGUUAGGAGCGGACGCGGAAGCAGACCAGCCCGCUAAGAAGUUCACAGAAGAUAGUGAGCUGAUGCAGUCAAUAAUUCAGCCGCUGAAUGACGAGAUCGUGGCGCUGAAAGCCAAGCUGCGAGACACCGACUGCCAGCUGCAGGAAGCGCUGCAAAAAGUGAAAUCCACAGCGUGCAGUAGCCCAGCGACUCUUGGUUCUGGCGGAGAGAAACCUUCUACCGAAGUUGACUCGAGUCGUCAGUGCGACAUGUGCGCCAACUACGAGAAGCAACUGGUGUCCGAGCAAGCGGCUGCCGAAGCAGCUAACGACCGAGCCACGACCCUCGACCGCGCCCUCAAACUGGCCACUGAGGAGCUGGAGGGCGUGCGCGCGCUGCAGGACGAGAGCGCGCGUGCGUGGGCGGCGGGGCGCGCGGCGGCGGCGGGGUCGCUGUCGGCGCUGCGUGCUGCGCUGGGGGCCGCCCGGGCGGCGCUCGCCGAGCGCGAGGCCGCCGCCGCCGCCGCGCAGCAGCGGGUGUUGCUCCGCGUCACGGACCUCACCGUGCACCGCGAGACGCUGCAGAGGAAGCUCGACACUUUGGAGAAGGACAACGCGACGUUAAUCGGGCAGUACAUGAAGAAGGCGGCCGAGAUGCAGAACGAAAUCAUAAACCUUCCAGACAAUGUCGAGGAGCUGCAGGAGCACGUGCUGCAGGUGCGCGAGCAGCUCAUCCUGUGCCAGAUCGGACGAGAGGAGGCCAACGACGCGGAGAGAGAGCUGCGAGCACAGCUGCAGCACCACGCCGCCAUCUACCACCGACAGGACGAACAGCUCGCCGCCCAGCGCGGACAGCUCGCGCAGGCCAGGGAACAGCUGGACUGUCUGCAGACGGAGCGCGAGCAGAUGAAGGAACUUGGCGACAAGCUCCGACACUCCAACGACAUGAUCGAGGGACUACUAGAAGAUAAGAAGCGUCUGCAGGCGGAGGUGCAGGAGACGCGCGGGCGCGUGUCCGUGCUGCAGCAGGAGCUCGACAACAGCGAGAAGGUGCAGCAGGACUUCGUGCGGCUCUCGCAGUCACUACAGGUCCAAUUGCAACGUAUUCGCGAAGCGGAUACGGAAGUCCGGUGGCAGCAUGACGAGGACGUCAAUGAGUGUCCAUCCUGUCAUACACCACUUCAAACUAGCAAAAAGAAGGUGCACUGCCGGCACUGCGGGCGCAUCUUCUGCGCGUCGUGCGCCUCACACAGCGUCGCCAGCGGACCGCGCCGCGCGCCCGCACGAGUGUGCGCCGUGUGCCGCACGCUGCUGCAGCCCCACGCCGCGCCCUACUUCAGCACCGAGCCGCCGCGCCGCCCCGACUAGCUCCGCCCCCCGACUGACUCCGCCCCGUGUGCCGCACGCUGCUGCAGCCCCACGCCGCGCCCUACUUCAGCACCGAGCCGCCGCGCCGCCCCGACUAGCUCCGCCCCCCGACUGACUCCGCCCCGUGUGCCGCACGCUGCUGCAGCCCCACGCCGCGCCCUACUUCAGCACCGAGCCGCCGCGCCGCCCCGACUAGCUCCGCC